GGGAGAGGCGUCAGGCUUUCAGCUGCGCCCCAAAGUAAAAGUGGGGGUCAGUCCUUUAAGAAAAAGCGGCGGGCGGGGGCGAAAGGCAUUCGUAACAACGACAACGAAUGUCUCACGAAACCCGAGAGCUGCAACGAGAACCCGGAGCACGAGAACACCCGGGAAGGGUCCGCCUUUCCUGCUCGCAGGCGGCCGCCUCCGCGAGGCUGCCUGCGUGAGCCCCAGGCAGGCCGGCAGGGCCGCCUCGCGCAGCCAACCGCCGCCACCCAGUCCGGGGAAGCCAGCUCAGCUCAGUCCUCGGGGAGGAAGGCCGGGCGCGCUACCUCUCGGAGAAGCUCUUCACCAGCAGCCACACGAUGAGCGGCAGGUUCUCGCGCUCGUUGUAGGUGGGUAAGAGCACCGAGUACUUGUCCUGUCGCCCGGAGCGCCCCUCCGGCUCCUGCCGAGAGCUGGCAGGAGGGCGACGCGGCUCCACGGAGGCCAUGGCGGAACAGCGCGGGACGCCGGAGGCGGAAUUACGUCACGCCGCGCGGACCGUACCAAAUCCGGGAAGGGGGGGCGACCCGUGUGGCUGAGUUGUACCUCUAGGCCCUCCGUAUGGUUCAGUUGGAAGUAGGCAGGAUUUGUGAGCCUUUCAAAUUGAUUCGGAAGGUUUCUUCAGGAAAUGCCUACCUAUUUGUCGUCUUUACCCAAGUUCAUGAAGUUGUUUUAGUCUAUUCCAGUCGCUAGGGGACAGUAAGCCGGAAACGGAAGUGCUCUUCACGACGAUUUCCGGAGGAGGUCGCCAUGGCUGCCCGGGAGCAGGUACUCGCCUUACAGGCUGAAAUUGCCCAGCGUGAGGAGGAGCUGGAUUCUCUGAAGCAGCGGCUGGCGACAGCUCUUUUGGCAGAACAAGAGUCUGAGCCAGAACGGCUGGUUCUGGUGUCGCCGCUGCCGCCCAAGGCCGCCUUGUCCCGAGACGAGAUUCUGCGCUACAGCCGGCAGCUAGUGCUGCCAGAGCUGGGCGUGCAAGGACAGCUGCGCCUGGCCACCGCGUCUGUGCUAAUCGUGGGCUGCGGUGGGCUCGGCUGCCCGCUGGCGCAGUACCUGGCAGCAGCCGGCGUGGGCCGCCUCGGCCUGGUGGACUACGACGUGGUGGAGAUGAGCAAUCUGGCCCGCCAAGUGCUGCAUGGCGAGGCACUGGCCGGACAGGCCAAAGCCUUUUCUGCCGCCGCCUCGCUGCGCCGCCUCAAUUCGGCUGUGGAGUGCGUGCCCUACGCUCAAGCGCUUACCCCAGCCACGGCCCUAGACUUGGUCCGCCGUUACGACGUGGUGGCAGACUGCUCAGACAACGUGCCCACUCGCUAUCUGGUUAAUGACGCCUGUGUGCUGGCCGGCCGUCCUCUCGUGUCGGCCAGUGCCCUACGCUUGGAGGGUCAAAUCACAGUCUACCACUAUGACGACGGGCCUUGCUAUCGCUGCGUGUUCCCCCAACCACCCCCGGCCGAGACGGUGACCAACUGUGCAGACGGUGGGGUGCUCGGUGUGGUAACUGGGGUUCUGGGCUGCCUGCAGGCGCUGGAAGUGCUGAAGAUCGCUGCGGGUCUGGGUCCCUCUUACAGUGGCAGCCUGUUGCUCUUCGACGCCCUCAGGGGGCAUUUCCGCUGCAUUCGGCUGCGGAGGCGCAGACCCGACUGUGCAGCUUGCGGGGAGUGCCCCACCGUUACUGACCUGCAGGACUAUGAGGCCUUCUGUGGCUCCUCAGCCACUGAUAAAUGCCGUUCCCUGCAGUUACUGGGCCCAGAGGAGCGGGUUUCUGUCACCGACUAUAAGCGACUUCUGGAUUCUAGGGCACCCCAUCUGUUGCUGGAUGUCAGGCCCCAAGUGGAGGUGGACAUCUGUCGUUUGCCUCAUGCCCUACACAUCCCUUUGAGACACUUGGAACAGAGGGAUGCGGAAAGCCUGAAACUCCUGGGAGAAGCAAUCCAGGGAGGGAAACGGGGCAUCCAGGAAGGGGCUGUGUUCCCCAUUUAUGUGAUUUGCAAACUAGGAAAUGACUCCCAGAAAGCCGUGAGGAUCCUGCAGUCCUUAAUAGCAGCUCGAGAGUUGGGCUCUUUCAUGGUUCAGGAUGUUGUGGGGGGACUUAUGGCCUGGGCUGCCAAAGUCGAUGGGACAUUUCCCCAGUACUGAAGUGACUGGUAGCAUACCUCAAAGAUGAAUUUAUUUACAUCUUUUCAAUAAUGUAGAGAAGAACCAGCAUUCUUUAUCUGUGACUACACAGCCUCCUUUUUAUAAGGAGCUUUUUGGUUGUAAUAUAUCAGAUGACUGAUAUUAAUGGGUUAUAAUGCUGUCUUUGAGAGGCAUCUUGAAUUUUCAGCAUUUAGAGUGUCUUGAACAUUAGAUGUCAUGUGAUAAGAUUUUGUGUUUUUUACCCGACUUGCAUUUUUUCACCUCUCCAAAUGAGAAACUCUAGAUCAUACACCAGUAAUUAAGAUAUAAACUUAGUCUUACUGAAUUGAUCACAGAUGAUAUAUUUGCUGUCAGUUUGUUGUUUAGUAAGAUAUUCUUUGGGUUUUAUUUCUACUUCAAAUGAUAGAAUGUAUCCUACAGAAAUAAGUGUUUAAUAUGUAAAGUGUUAAUAAUCUGGGAAGUGGUCAUACUAUUAAGCAUUUCAAAUUAAAAUGAGAUCUUUACUGCUUAUUAAAAUAAACCACCUUUGUAGUCCAUCAGUUUCCCUCGUAAGUUGCUAAUAAUUUUAUUGUAGUUAGCUUCAAUGUCCACCUUAUGUUCUAUACACACGUUUUCUAAAUUGUGUAUUAUUGUUGGACUUGCUUUGAAAUCUUCCAGUCCAAGCCCUCUUUUCAGCUCUUCCCCUUUAAUUACCUUUUCUAUUUUGGUUUAAUCUAUUCCAGCAUUUUAUAACAGUUUACAUUGUAGGUGUUUUUAUGUUGUUUACUUAUUACAAAACACUUUCAUGAAAUGGCAGGUCACAUACCCAGCUUCCAAUGUAGACAACAAAAUUAAAAGUAAAAAUCUGGUAUGCCCUUGUACAUCAGUGGCCAGUCGAAGAACACAUGGCCUGUCAAAAGGGGCCUCUACCCUCCAUCUGCUUGUUGCAGGCAGGCCAGAAUCAGAAUUUUUUUGUUGUUGCUUAAGAGAGCAGAAAUCACAGAUGUAAUUGUGAAGUCUUUGUAUCUCUGGCAACAAAUAAUCCUUUUUAAAAAAAAGUUUAAAAAGCACUGUGGGCAGGACAGAACCCUUUGUAGGCCAGGUUUCCACACCAGUUUGCAACCUCUGGUACAGAGUCUGAUUUUAUUAUGAAAGGGUCAUAUUGUUUAAGAAUUACCUAGUUACCUUCCUAUUGUUUAAGAAUUAUCUAAUUCAAAAUUAGAAUAGUCAUCGCUUCUAACUGUGGGACCUUGUAACUCAUUCUCUGAACAGGUAUAAUCCCUGUUGAGAGGUUGAAACAGGUCACUUUCAACUACUUGUGCCAAGACAUUAUGGAAGCAAGUGACUGAGACCUGGAGCGGAGAGAACGGCGGCCAGCUUGUGUCUUUCAACUUAUUCCAGGGAAAGCUGAUUAAUGUGUAUCUGGGAACAAUCAAGUGAAGACUCGUGUCCUAAACUCAGGCAGUGUGUCGUUGUUCCUGCAAACCUGGCUGUCAGUGGGGCUGGGCCACAGAAGCUGACUGACUGAUUAAGUGGGGAGAGGGGUUUUAAAGUGAUGGGAGGUGCUUUUGAGACUGUGGGACAGAUUUGAGGCUGUACUUCCAGUAAUGACGCCCCAAAUCGUGUGUGGAACUAGACUGGGCCCGUAAGAUCAAACUGCACUGCCCCAUCAGGCACUAGAGAGAAUUGCCACCAUGGCCAUUACUAAUCUUCCUUGAGCUGGCCCCUGCUCACCCAGAAGGCCCAUAGCUUCUGCCACAGACCUUGUGAUGAGAGUUGCUGGGUUUUUCUUUUCCGAAUUACCAGGUCAGGCAGAGCCAAGUCACAUUCCUACGACCCAGUUGGGAAUGAGUCCCCAUGUCUUCAGUGGGGAGGCAGAGUUCCUGAUGUGGGGUUUCCCCAAACAGUGGAAGGUUUUUCAAACACAUGGGCUGUUAAGAAUGACAAGCAAGGGCUGGGGAGCUCAGUCGGUAGAGUGCUUGCCUUGCAAGACAAGGCCCUGGGUUCGAUCCCCAGCACUGGGAAAAAAAAAAAUAAUAAUAACAAGCAAGGUGUGGUGGCACACGCCUGUAAUCCCAGCUAC